AUGCGGAAGAGUAGCCAUGCAUGGAACAUUGCUUCGCAGGGAGGCUUCCUAGUCAUCCUCUCCGUGCUUCCCUGGCUGUACGUCGCUUUUGACUUCAUCGGGAACUGCCACCAUGGCCCAUCCGCGGAGCACGAGAUGUACCUAUCUCGACUGCAGCCCAUCACCCCAUUCGAACAAAUCCUCGAUAAUGUCACAUCCGAUAAACGUGCGAGCCACUACGGCGCGUUCUACAGCCUGUAUCUCGACCCCUUACGCCGGCCGCAACUAACCCGUGGUGACGAUCGGCUUCCAGUCUGGGAAAACCAGGAGGUUAACUUGCUGACGGUCGGUCGCGCGUACGGCGACUCGCUGCAGCUUUGGAAGCGGGCAUUCCCGAGGGGUGUUAUCUACGGCAUUGCAAAUGACACCACCUCCUCCUUGAUGCUCCAGGCAGCGGCAAGGGACCCGCGGGUGCGGCUGAUGGUGGGCGACCAGGCGAAUGGGAAUUUCUUGCAGCAAGCGGUUUCUAAGAUUAAGAAUGAGGUGGGCCUGCUUGACUUCAUAGUGGACGAUGGUAGUCACACCAUCAAUCAGCAACAGACAUCCCUCAAACACCUCCUUCCGCUCGUCAAGCCUGGUGGAACCUACUUUAUUGAGAAUGUGGAGACAUCUUAUAAGGAAGGCAUUUCUGAAGCGGACGCCACUAUGCACGUUAUGCAGUCGCUCUUAGACGCGAUGAACAAGGAGUUUUUCGAGAAGCAGCCGUAUUUCAAGAGCAUGGCGCAUGGGAAGUUCUAUGCAACUCCGAACUGCCACGACACAUCAGAGGGAUUCAUCUCCUUCGAAGCGAUCGUCAACCAAGGCACGUCCGAUAAGCGCACGCAUCACUACGGCGCAUUCUACAGCCUCUACCUCGACCCCCUGCGCCUGCCGCUGCAGCCCCAAACUCCCGGCGAUUGCCAGCAGCCUCAGCUAGGCGAGGACCACACUCGCGGCGAGGCUGAGCAGACCACGGACCGCCGUCGAUUGGAGCAGAAUCAACGGACGCGAUUGGAGGAAGCGCAGCAGCAGCAGCAGCAGCAGCCGUGGGAGCCCCGCGCGGUGAACAUGCUGGAGAUCGGGCUCAAGUACGGCGACUCGCUGAAGCUGUGGAAGCGGGCGUUUCCAAAAGGAAGGAUCUACGGCAUUGACAACGAGAUGAUUUCCAAGAAGCACCAGGCAGAGGCGCGGGACCCGCGGGUGCGGCUGAUGGUGGGCGACCAGGCGAAUGGGACGUUCCUGGAGCAAGUGGUGGCCGAGAUAAAGAGUGCGGUGGGUCUGCUUGACUUCAUAGUGGACGAUGGUGGUCACACCAUGGAUCAGCAACAGACAUCCCUCAAACACCUCAUGCCGCUGGUCAAG